AUGGUCGCUGGAUCUUUCCCCCAGCCAUCUCUCUUGUACGACACUACAUUAUCUGACUUCCUGAAUUUGGUCAGUUCCCAACGUGCCACUGUAGCCUCCAAGUCCCAGAGGGCCACAGCCAUAUCAGCCACUAAUGGGAUCAUUGCAGUUCUAAAGGCCUGGAACUGCAACUCCUCUGCUGAGGAGGUCCUCUCCUUAGGCAUACUCAGCACAGGACAGUACAACCUCCCAGCUGGUGUAGUCUUCUCAAUGCCAGUGAGCUUCCAGGAUGGUAGAUGGUCCAUGUUGUCUGAUGUAAUCAUUGGUGAUGAGAAGAGGGCCAAACUGCAGAUUGCUGCAGACCAACUCAGGGAGGAGAAAGAUCUUGCAUCAAGGACAAGAAAAGACACUGCAUGAAUUUAUACUACUUUCUGAAGCUCUUCCUGUCGGAGUUGUAAUAUGUUUGUUAAAAAUAAACAAAAAUGCUGUUUUUACUUUUUGAUAAAGACAUCUGACAUUUAUUUGCACAUUAAAGUUAUUAAAGGUUGAAUGUUUUACAUUUUUGGUGA